ACCUGGAAGACCAUAAACUGGCUGAUCUGAGAAAAGGGCUGGCGUUUGAAAGUGGAAUACCAUCACAUCUGCUGCAGUUAAGGGAUAUACCAUGGAAUACUGACCUCUUGGCAGACAUGGGUGUGGAUGAAGAGUCUUUGGUGCAUUUCUUCCUCUCUUCACACACUGAGGACGGUCCAAGUGUUGAGGAGUUUCUCACGGCUGAUAUCCAGCCCGCUGUGCAGCAGACUAUGAAGGGCUUGAGUGUCUUCUUCUCUACUCUAUAUUCCAUUAGAACAAAGCAAGUUGGGGGGUUCAGAAAUGUGGUGGCGCACAUCCGCAGGCUCACUGGAUGCCAUGCGCUGGCUCAGACUCUGCAUCAGCUGAUCUGCAGGAAUGAAAUAGGGACCAAAGUACAAAAGAUUGCUCUUGUGGAAGGACUCUAUAUCCUUUUCAGAGAGUUAUUACCAAAUCGUUCGUCAAAAUCGUGUGAUGUGAUCAUUGAAGAUGGUGAAGUGUUUGAGUACUCCCCUGAAUGCUGGGGCUACCUGUUUUCUCAGGCUGAGAGGGAGAGCAUAGAGCAUGAGAACUUUGCUCCGAUGUACUUGAGUUGCCUAAGCACAGGGAUACGGUUCUCAGAACCCGUACGGAUUGCAGACCUACCAGACCUUUGUGAACGAUCUACUGUCCUGCAGGCCCUAAACGAUGGGGAAAAACUGCCCAAUUGCACACUUGAAGACAUGAGGAAGUCAGUCAAGAGAGACACCACCAUGGAAAAGCUCAUCCUCAGCAUCCCACCCAUGAUAAGGACCUACCCGCUGUGGCUCUCCUAUGAACACGUGCCUGGCAGCAACUUCAGGGUCAAUCCAGAGAAGACAUUUUCACAGAUGAAAGAGGAACUGGUGGCAUAUCCGCACUUGCAGAUUAUUCCUCCAUUGCAGCCAUCCCAUAGUUGUGUUGAAGCACCGUGCCUGAUGUAUCUCUCGGAGAACAACCUUGGUGUGUAUGUUCAGAAUUCCAAAGGAGGCGUGGAAGCUUGUCUUUUUGAUAGUCUGACUGGAAAGCAUAAGGACGUGAUGUUAAAGGAAUUGGCAAAAGAACUCGGGGACGUGAGGACGGAUGUGUCAGUGAGGACAACUAAAACCCCAAGAGAGGCAAUCAUGGUUCUUUUGGAUACAAGUGGUUCCAUGGACGAAGAAUGCUACUCGGACACCAAAAUGAAAAAGCUUGAUGCUGUGAAACAGCUGUUUGAUGCCUUUGCCAACAGAAGCAUGGCGUACGACUUCCCACAUCUGAUCAGUCUCGUGACCUUUGGGGGAGAAGUCCAAAUUGUGCACGGCUUUACAGAAAACCUGGAGAAGUUCAAGGCUCACAUGCACAGUCUUCAGGCAGCUGGACACACCCCUCUAUAUGAUGCAUUAGCUCAAAGUGUUUCUGAGCUCAACAACAUUCAGAUCAAAUUCCCUGAGUGCCAUCUACGCGUCAUAUGUCUGACAGAUGGAAAUGAUCUUGGGUCAAAGAAAACCCCUGUGAGUAUUGCCCACGUGUUGAUGAGCGCCAACAUUGUGGUUGACAGCAUCCUGGUCGGAAAAGUUGAUAACAACACACUGCAUGGGAUCAGUAAUGUAACAGGCCUGUAUCUUGUUCUGUGA